AUGAUAUCCAUGAUCGCCAAACAGGUUAAAGUCCCGCAAGGCCGACUUGGCAUUCAGGCAAUUCAUCCAGAUGUUCGACGGCGAUUCCGAAGUGGACUUCAACAAGAAAGCCCAAAUGGAAUGCUUCACUUGGGGUCUGGACCAGCGCCAUCGACGUUCCUGUUCUACGACCAACCGUCCGUGUUCUGCGACCGGCAGUCAGUGUUUUUCUCUGCGUUCGGCACGUUGAUCGGCUGCGGAAACCGCAGCAGGUGUUCCAAUCCAACAGGCGUACCUGGGCAGCCUGAUCACCAUCACGCAGGCCGAACCCAUAAUCGACAACCAACAGUCACUGCUUCUAAAAUGGCACCGUUAGAAAGAGAUCCACCCAAAUUCUUAUUUGAUCAUAUAACAGACAUAAACGAAGACUUCUUGACGGACGACGAAGAAGAGUUAUUUCCAGAACGCCUUAUAUACAACGACAUAGACACAAGAGAUAGAGACACGGACGAAGAGAUUGACAUAAACACCGACGAGUUAAAUAACUAUAUACCUGAAAUAGUAUUGGAAGUCAUUAGACAAUGGAGUACAUACUUUAAUAGUGCUGUUCCACCACUUGUCAACAACCAUGACAGAAAGACAGAGGACAGCGACGACAGAGAGACAGAGGACAGCGAUGACACAGAGACAGAGGACAACGAUGACGAGUCAAUUGAGACAGACGAAACCGACGACAGAGAGACAGAAGACAACGAUGACAUGUCAAUUGAGACAGACGAAGCCGACGAUAGAGAGACAGAGGACAACGAUGACACAGAGACAGAAGACAGCGAUGACAAAGAGACAGAGGACAACGAUGACACAGAGACAGAGGACAACGAUGACAAGUCAAUUGAGACAGACGAAACCGACGACAGAGAGACAGAAGACAACGAUGACAAGUCAAUUGAGACAGAUGAAACCGACGACAGAGAGACAGAGGACAACGAUGACGAGUCAAUUGAGACAGACGAAACCGACAAAAUCCACGACGACGACGAAUAUUCCCGGAACUUCAUGCCCACAUACAGCUUCGAUGCAAGGCUUGCAUAUUUCAACGCCAUUCACCCGCCUGUCAACGAACGCCGACCAGUUGAGUCAGACUCGGACGACCCGCAGCCGUGCUCAUCAUCAGGUCUGAAGAGACCGCGUUUAGACUCUGAUGAUGAGCAACCCAGGUCAACAAAGCGGAGACGGCCAACGUCGUACCAGUCAGAAAGCGAAGAAAGCGAGUCGGACAACUUUCAAUAG